UACUACUGUUUUUAGUCUAUAGAUUCUCUAAACUGUUUUUUUCAAAACAAAAAGAAAUAGUAAUCAACUAAACUUUUAGUCUAAAGUUUACAAAAUGGAAAUGUGCUGUGAACUUAACAAUCUACGUGAAAUGGUGGUUCAAUCUAUAAGUCAAGAAUCUACCAAAGUGUUGUCUGAAAUAGCAACCUGCAAGAAUAUUUUGGAUUUUCUGGAUAUAAAUGAUGGCAUUAUUUCUCUCAAAUAUCCUGAUUUUGUGUUAAGCAAUAGCCAUUUUCUACAAAUUUGCAAAGACAAAAAUAAACAUAACAUAACAUUAGAAAAUCUUUCAUUAUUUUUUACAACCUACUGUAAGUAUAAUAUCUCUAGAGUGAUGCUUAUAAGGAUCUUAAAAAAGUUAAAAGGUUACAUUGUAAAAUUAAAUCGAGCCAAAAAUUUGGACUUAAAAAACAUUUUUUAAGCUCUGCUUUAUCUUUUAAUGGUGCUUUUUCUGAUGUUGUUGGUUUGUUACCUUCUGAUGCUUGUUCUACCCCUACUUCUAUCUACAAUAGUGAAAUUGUUCCAAAUCAAGUUUCUGUUUUUGUAUCUUCUGAUU